AUGAAGUUCACGCAGCUGAUGUUGGCGACUUUCGCUACGCUGGCCCUGGCCGCGCCUCGGGCACCGGAAGAAGAUUUCAAAACAUGGGAGCCAACGGAUCGAGAUGAACUCACCCCUCGUUGCGCGGUAAAUGGCGGGUGCCGCGAAUGCAAGGUCGAUCCUUUUAGGGACUUUGCCUAUUAUGCCCCUUGUGUACUAGACUCUUGGUUGUUCAACACAAUUACUGUUUUGUGCCAUGAAGGUUUUGAUUGUGAUCUCGUGAAUGUAUCAAAGCAUACCAGCCGGCACAUGCACAUCCGUCAGUCCAUCUUUGUGGGGCCACUUGAAACACCACGACGUCGGCCGCAGAAGGCUCGUCGUCCCUUUGACACGCCGCUCCGUCACAUCCAUGCCCCAGAGGCCGCACGCCAAAAAAACAUGAACUGCCCGAGCAGUUUCUCGCGAGGCCUUCGCACAGGCAGCACGCCCCGAUGGCUUAGCCAAUCCACGCCCCGAGCCACACGCCGCCCCUUGACGAGGCCAGUCCAUCGCAGUCGCCCAUUCACCACGACUCCCCGCCGCGCAGACAAGCAAGCCGCCGACGACCCCGGCUUCACAUCCAUCCUCGACGCGCCGCCGCAAAUCGUCCGCGCCGGCAAGCGGCAUGGCCCGGGCAUCAUCCUGCUAGCCCUCAUCCCCGUCACAGCCUUCGCCCUCGGGACAUGGCAAGUCCGGCGCCUCUCGUGGAAGACGGAGCUCAUUGCCAAGCUCGAAGACCGCCUGGUCCGCGACCCCCUCCCGCUCCCGCCGUCCGUCGACCCCUCCGCCAUCCGCGACUUCGACUACCGCCGCGUCUACGCAACCGGCACCUUCCGCCACGACCAGGAGAUGCUCAUCGGGCCCCGGAUGCGCGACGGCAAGGACGGAUACAUGGUCGUCACGCCGCUCGAGCGCGAGAACGGCACCACCAUCCUGGUCAACAGGGGCUGGAUCAGCAAGGCGCACCGGGACCAGAGGACUCGCCCCGACAGCUUGCCCAGGGGCCAAGUCACCGUCGAGGGGCUGCUGCGCGAGCCCUGGAAGAAGAACAUGUUUACGCCCGAGAACCGCCCUGAGCGGGGGCAGUUUUACUUCCCGGACGUCAAGCAGAUGGCCCAGUUGACGGGCAGUCAGCCCGUUUGGGUCGAGGUCACAAUGGAACCCGAGUUUAUGCGAAUGAUGGACUUUGAGGCAAGGGGCAUUCCCUACGGACGACCGGCAGAGGUCAACUUGAGGAACAAUCACGCACAGUACAUUUUUACAUGGUAUGGCCUAUCUGUUGCCACCGCAAUCAUGUUGUACAUGGUUCUCAAAAAGCCUGCAUCCAGCAUUACACGCCGUGUUCAAGCUACUAAAAAUUUCUAA